CCUGUCUGCACAUGGCCUCCCACAGUGUCUCCAUAACCUAGGCAAGUACAUAGUACCUAUACCACCGCAGAUUUCCCGGAUUGCCAAUUCUGCGCAUGUACAUAACUAUGUACUAACGGACCCCGGAUUUUUCCAAAGUUUCAAUGCCAAGUCUUAAAAGCUGCCAGUAUCAAUUCUUAACAUUUAUAUCUACACCAUUUCACAUUAACCAAUACGCCCCAGUGCUUGGUCUUGUCUUUGAAAAUUAGCAAGACGUAACUAUAUCCAUUCAUUCAAGACCCCCUGUGGUCAGCUAGGGGCUUGAACAUUAUGCUCCCAGCGACAAUGGCAUCACGACUGCCAACCCGCUGGGCAGCCGCCCUAACCAAAGGUUGCGCACUGAGCAACCCCCGCCUCCUCAUCACCGAACGACAUACCCUUCUACCACGAACCGCUAAACGAGGUGUACAGUACGGCUGGAACACAGCAUACCACCGCUCCAAGCCCACCCGAUUCAACCAAACCAGCUCCGGCAUCCCCGCCCCCACUGCCGGCCCCGCCGCUGCUCUCAAGCGCACGGAGCAAUCCACACCACUGCGAACCGGCAUCAUCGCUACCAAGGUCGGCGUGUCCGCCUUUUACAACGCCAAGGGCAUGCGCACCCCCUGCACCAUUCUGCAGAUGGACCAAGUGCAGGUCGUCAACGUCAAGACCCGCGCCAAGAACGGUUACUGGGCCGUCCAGGUCGGCUGCGGCCAAAAGGAGCCCGGAAACGUCACCGCCCCGCUGCUCGGCUACUACGAGGCCAAGGGCAUCGCGCCCAAGCGCCACCUCGUCGAGUUCAAGGUGCGCACCGAGGAGGGUCUGCUACCUGUGGGUGUGCAGCUGCAGCCCGACUGGUUCAAGCUCGGCCAGUACGUCGACGCCAGGAGUAACAGCCGAGGCAUGGGCUUCGCCGGUGGCAUGAAGAGGCACGGCUUCUCCGGUCAGCCGGCCAGUCACGGUAACUCGAAGAAUCACCGAACGAUCGGUACCUCGGGUCCGAGUCAGGGUGGUGGUUCGCGUGUGCACCCGGGCAAGAAGAUGCCGGGGCGCAUGGGCGGCGAGAGGGUGACGAUACAGAAUCUACGGGUGCUCAAGGUCGACAACGCGGCGGGCACCGUCGUCAUCAACGGCCACGUGGCGGGGCCCAAGGGCUGCAUCGUGAGCAUACAAGAUGCCAUCAAGAAGCCGGCGCCGGUGGAGACCUUCAUCGACAAGGCGACGAGGCUGACGCUGGAGCGGGACCCGGAGCACAAGGAACGGCUGAAGGCUGCGGAGGAGGUACAUGCCGUGUUCAAGGAGGCGAGGAAGGCAGGGAAAAUAGGAGAGGCGAUAAAAUUCUCGUCAGCCUUGUUGUAAAAAUAUAUAUAAACGUAUAUACAAUUGUGUACCCAUUUACAAAUACGUUGUACAAUGCAUCAUCUCGGCAAGCUGAUCCUUUGAUCAUGAUAGCAAAGGAUAUUCCAUACAUCCUGCUUGUGAUGUGCCUCAUCCCCCCUCUUCCACCCAAGACGCUUGAUACUUCCGACAAACUCUCAUCCUUUGCGAUUUUGGGGUCGGGCAAGUUUG